AGGGCUGGAGACGUGCUUUGCAUUGGCAGGCUGAUGAGGACACGUGUCUCCUCGCUGCCUCCCCCUCCGCCCCCCCCGGGCUGCUCGGUACCGCAUUGGCAUCAGUAAAGGCACCUGAACACCGACGAGCAACUCCUUGGAAAGGCUGCCUGCCACCUUACAGCCUAAAAGAAAGCUAUAUCAGGGGCCCCUGUGCAGGAACCUGUGGCGCUUUUUUUUUUUCGUCGUGCGUAAAGCUUUUGCGCACACCGCUGGACCGCUUCAGAGAGCAGGUGCGCUACUCGUCGAGCAUCAGAGCGCAGUGCCAAGAUGCAGAAACGGAACAGAGACGUCUGAAGGUGACAUGAACCUGAGGAUAAUCAAAAGCAGCAGGCGUACAGUGAGCAAGACGUGGAGAUAGCAACUGAAAACCGUCGGUGUCUUAAAGCAAAACUUGCUCUCGCUCCUCCCGUGGCUCGAUUCUGAUGCAGAGAGUCAAGGGCUGCAAUCCAAAGUAGCUUCGUUUUUGACCGAGUGGAGGAGAAGAAACACUAAUUGGGACUGCAGACAUUUGAGAGUCAGGACAAGAGCGCAAAAAUGGCGACGCUAAUCAGAGGCAAGCUUUCUAAUAAACUGACAAACGCAGCCAAUGCCGUGUCCAACAAAUCCCAGGCAAAGGUGAGCGGGAUGUUCGCCAGGAUGGGGUUCCAGGCCGCCACCGACGAAGAGGCUCUGGGCUUCGCCGCCUGCGAUGACCUGGACUACGACCACCGGCAAGGCAUGCAGAUGGACAUUAUGACAUCGGAUGAGAUGGGUGGAGAGGGGAGCGGAGACGGAGGCGCGCUGGACGGGGACAGUCACUACCAGAGGGACGGUACCGGUCCGCCGCACUCCGCCUCAAAGGACGGAGGUCUUCCGGACGAGUUGAGUGAAGUGAGACCAAAAAUCACCGCUUGGGAGGCGGGCUGGAACGUCACGAAUGCAAUCCAGGGGAUGUUUGUUCUCGGGUUGCCCUACGCCAUCCUGCACGGCGGAUACCUUGGACUCUUUCUCAUUAUUUUCGCCGCCGUGGUGUGCUGUUACACGGGGAAAAUCCUAAUCUCCUGCCUGUACGAGGAGGACGAGGACGGGCAGCUCGUCCGUGUGAGGGACUCCUAUGUGGACAUUGCCAACGCCUGCUGCGCGCCCAGAUUCCCGGCUUUAGGAGGCCAUGUCGUGAAUGUAGCCCAAAUCAUCGAGUUAGUGAUGACCUGCAUCCUGUAUGUGGUCGUCAGCGGUAAUCUCAUGUACAACAGCUUUCCCAACAUGCCAAUUUCCCAGAAGUCCUGGGCCAUCAUCGCCACCGCCGCUCUCCUCCCCUGCGCCUUCCUCAAGAACCUGAAAGCCGUCUCCAAGUUCAGCUUGCUGUGCACGCUGGCCCAUUUUGUCAUAAACAUCCUGGUGAUCGCGUACUGCCUCUCCAGAGCCAGGGACUGGGCCUGGGACAAGGUCAAGUUCUACAUCGAUGUCAAGAAGUUCCCCAUCUCGAUUGGGAUUAUCGUGUUCAGCUACACCUCGCAGAUCUUCCUGCCGUCUCUGGAGGGGAACAUGCAGAAACCCAGCGAGUUCCACUGCAUGAUGAACUGGACUCACAUCGCUGCCUGCAUCCUCAAGGGCCUCUUCGCCCUUGUGGCCUACUUGACCUGGGCUGACGAGACCAAGGAGGUCAUCACAGACAACCUGCCCCCAACGAUCCGAGCCGUCGUCAACCUCUUCCUCGUGGCCAAAGCCUUGCUGUCGUACCCGCUGCCGUUUUUCGCUGCCGUCGAGGUAUUAGAGAAAACCUUUUUCCAGGAGGGAGGACGCGCGUUCUUCCCAGAUUGCUACGGAGGGGACGGACGUCUGAAAUCCUGGGGACUCACUCUCCGCUGUAGCCUUGUCGUGUUCACCUUGCUCAUGGCCAUCUACGUGCCACAUUUCGCCCUGCUCAUGGGUCUCACCGGCAGCCUGACGGGCGCAGGCCUCUGCUUUCUGCUCCCCAGUCUCUUCCACCUCAAGCUUUUAUGGAGAAAGCUGCUAUGGCACCAGGUCUUCUUCGAUGUCGCGAUCUUCGUAAUAGGAGGUAUAUGCAGCAUAUCUGGCUUCAUCCACUCCAUGGAGGGGCUCAUAGAGGCUUUCCACAACAACGUAGAAGAAUAGAUGCAAGCCAUUGCUGGAACUAGAUGUUAACUGCAAAUCCCAGUUUAGUUUGAAAAAAAAAAAGAGAAAUAAAUAAAAAUGAAAACAUACAACUUCCCGGCGAGCGCAGCCCCUUCUGCUUGAUCCAUGCGUAAAAGCGCGCAACAGAGCGCACGCACUCAUUUGCGUCAAUUUACACACAAACACACGCACGCAUAAAAGUCGGUGACAGUGAGGGAGUUUAACGCAUUCACGGCACACUAAAUGGACAAUACAUGUUGUAUAAAUAUGCGAAGAAAAGUACAUCUAUACAUAUUUUCCAGUGGAGUGGACGUUUACAAUAUUUGACCUUAAACAAAAUUGCAAAGGGGGUUAGUCUGCCUUUUCGUUGCUCUUGUGGUGCUUCCCCCACUUGAGACUUCACUUCAUGUAACGCUCGAGUUAGUAACGGACAGAGGUAUUGUGAUAUAACGAUGAUUAAGAUGCGUCUAAGGAAAAUUAAACAUUUAGAAAGUUGCCACCUUCCUCUAGGUAAGUAUACAGGCUGUGAAUGAGGCGAUGAACCCAGAAAAAAAAAAAA